CGGCAAGAAGACCUGCCGCUGGCCUACUGGCUGGAGCUGACGGGGGUGGACCGGGCUUGGAAAAGAAGUGUUUGCGAACGCGAGGUGGUGGUGGGGGUGAUCGACACUGGGGUGUCUGUACACCACACGGCCCUGCGCAGCAACAUUUGGCAAAACGAAUUCGAAAUUCCAAAUAAUGGAAUUGACGACGACAGAAAUGGAUAUGUCGACGACAUUAACGGAUUUGACUUCUUUUUAAAAAGGCCCGAAGUCUCAGACCCCCACGGCCACGGCACCCACGUCGCGGGCAUUAUCGGGGGCAAUUUGGGGGCCCCCCGGGGGCCCCCCCGGGGGCCCCGGGGGCCCCCGGGGGGCCCCCCGGAGGAUAAACUCCGGACAAAUGGAAGGGUGAGCGCGGGCUACGCCGUGUGCGCGGCGGAAGCAGCAGCAGCAGCAGCAGCAGCAGCAGCAGCAGCGGAGCGGAAGAACAAGUCGGUGAUUCUGCGGAAGCUCAAGAGACAGAAAGAAGCGGCGAAAAAGGAAAACAAAACGGAAAACAAAAAUGAAAACAAAAAGGAAAACAAAAAGGAAAAUAAAACGGAAAAUAAAACGGAAAACAAAUCCGAAAAGAGCUUCGAAAACGAAUCCGAAACAGCGGAAGAAGAAGCAGCAGCAGCAAAAGCCAGAACGCGCGGCUGCGUCUAG